CGCUCCAACAGCACCAUCUCUGGCAGGUGGUGUGCGCUUUAAAACCAUACUGUAGGCUAAUGUUUAGGUCGGUGGAUGGGUAGUUCAAGACAAAUAGGCGUAUUUUACUUUAGCACUGUGCCAUAGUAGGUUGCUAGUUUAUUAGUACGUGCCACUGCGUUUGUCCUGAAGGCGGCGGAAUUGUAGUGACCGAGAUGAACGUCGGGGUUCCCCUCUCUCUUUGAGCCAGACACAUUGGUGCUUUUACGGUCAGCGGUGAAUUAACUACAGCUUCUCAUCAUGCAGCUGCUGAAAAGACGGAAAAGCCCUCGGCGCUGAUGCUGUUUGGAUGUUUGGUCCCCGGCGUCGUGCCUGGUCACAUCCUGGAGCAGCCUCGCUUCGUCUGCCGCGGCCACCCGGUGCAUGCAGUAUGAUAUGUUGAUGACAUUUUUUGGAAGUGAUCGUGCCUUUUGUUUGCAUUUCGGGAUAUGCGAUAUGCGGAUCUCCAAACGCCUCAAGUGAACGGACGUUUUGAUGUGCUCUAAAAAAUGAGGAAGCGUUUCUAUAAAGACCUCGAAAAUGACAACAAGGUCUCGUCGUCCGUGGGCCCGGAUUUGAGUAAAAUGAGAAGGAAAAGGGCUAAUGCAGCAACAGAAUGAUCUUUUUCCUCACGGAACGAUACCAAAGGUGGGGGUAGACCAGACGCAACAUCAAUGAAGGCGAUUAGGACAAGUUUUGAGUCGCUUAUCAUAAACAGAAACACUUGGCUGCUUGAUUAUAGCAGAUCACAUUAUUGAAAGGAUUAAGAACACUUUAAUUAUCACCAAUCCUGCACUGCAUUUGUUAUUUGUUGUUACCAGUUGCUUUUCCUUUUUAUUUUAUUAUUUUAUAUUUUUGACUCGGAUCCAGCUCUGACAAUUCAAUGGAAGUAUGUUAUCAGCUGCCGGUUUUGCCUCUCGACAGGCCGGUUCCCAAGCACGUCCUCAGCCGGAGGGGGGCCAUAAGUUUUAGCUCCAGCUCUUCCCUCUUUGGGGCUCCCGAUCCGAGGCAACUGUCACAGAGACGAGGGGCCAUCUCCUAUGACAGCUCAGACCAAACAGCGCUGUACAUUCGUAUGCUAGGAGAUGUGAGAGUCAGAAGUCAGGUUGGAUUUGAACCGGAACGAAGGAGCUCCCACCCAUACCUGUGCAUCGACUUCCGAACUCUCCACACACGCCUGGGAUGUGGCUCCAACUCAGCUUCAGCUCCAGAGAGGAGGGUCCACAGGCUGCUGAGCUUUCAGAGAUACCUGCACUCAUCUCGUCUGCUCAGAGGGAUCCCCCAGCAGAUGCCCCUACACAUCCUCGAUGAAGACUACACUGGACAAGCCAGAUGUAUGCUGGAUAAAGUUGGGAACUGGAACUUUGAUAUUUUCCUUUUUGACAGACUGACAAAUGGAAACAGCCUGAUCACGCUGACCUUCCACUUGUUGAACCAGUACGGCCUGGUGGAGCUCUUUCAGCUAGACAUGGUCAAACUCUGGAGGUUCCUGGUCAUGGUGCAGGAGGAUUACCAUAGCGACAACCCCUACCACAAUGCUGUCCAUGCUGCAGAUGUCACACAGGCUAUGUACUGCUACAUAAGAGAGCCAAAGCUCGCAAAGUCUCUGACCUCAUACGACAUCCUCCUUGGGCUGCUUGCUGCUGCAACUCAUGACUUGGAUCAUCCUGGGGUUAACCAGCCUUUCCUUAUCAAGACUGACCACUAUUUAGCUUCUCUGUACAGGAAUACCUCUGUUCUUGAAAACCAUCACUGGAAAUCUGCUGUGGGCUUGCUCAGAGAGACAGGGCUGUUUUCACACAUGCCUCCAGAGGACAGCCGGAGCAUGGAGAGGGAUCUAGGCUCUUUGAUUCUUGCCACUGACAUCAGCCAACAGAACGAGUACCUGUCCCGCUUCCGCCUGCAUCUGGACCAGCAGAACCUGUGUUUGAGCAGUGCCAGCCAUCGGCACUUCAUCUUGCAGAUGGCCCUCAAGUGUGCAGACAUCUGUAACCCCUGCAGACCGUGGGAGCUCAGCAAACAGUGGAGUGAGAAAGUGACGGAGGAGUUCUUCCAACAAGGUGACAUUGAAAAGAAGCACCAUCUUGAAGUCAGUCCACUUUGUGACCGAGAGACGAAUAGUGUUGGCAACAUUCAAAUAGGCUUCAUGACGUAUGUGGCAGAGCCGCUGUUUGCGGAGUGGGCUCGUUUCUCAGACACCCGUCUGUCCCAAACCAUGCUGGGCCACAUGGGACUGAACAAGGCCAGCUGGGGCGGUUUGCAGCAGGAACUGAGUUGUGCCUCUGAGGAGGCGGAGCCUACCACUGCAGCCUCAAAAGACGGGGACGCUGCUGGAACGACAGAAGGAACCAGCUCCAAAGAAAUACCUCAGGGAAGCAGCGUGUCCUGACGUUCCUCUCGCUCUUCAACCUCAGCCUCCUGACCUGCCUCAAGGCUUCACUCACACUGUAGGGCAGGUGGGGCACCCCACCACAUCCUAGCGGCUUCUUUGUUUUUUGUUUUGUUUUUUUGUUUAUUUGUUUUUUUGCUUUGCUUCUGCCUCCCAUUGAUAAACCACUGUUUUAUUUAAUUUAUUUAUUUUUUUUAUUUUUAUUUUUGGUAUAUAGCAAUACAUAGAUACCUCAUUUGGCUUCUGCUGUAUUUUCUUUUAUUUGCUUUAUUAUAUUUAUUUAUCCACUGUAGUUUUGGCAUUACUGACUGAACACACCACUUUUGUGGUGCAUUUAGGGGAAAGCAGUAUAUGAACUCAACCACGCUUUGUGGUGUUCUGAAGUGCCAUUUGAAAACAAAUGUUUGAAGAAUGACAUGAAUUGCAUUGACUGGAAACUGGAGUAUUCACGACGACACCCUCCUAAGACUAAGUGUAAUGCCAUGUUGCAUUUGUAUUGAAGAUUCUUCCUCAUGUAAAAACAAAAAUGUGACGAGCCCAGUCCUUUUGCUGCCUCUACGAAGACUGUUUACGCAUCUCCUUUUUGUUUGUUCUCUCCCUUCAACUGAAGUCAAUCAUGUCAUGGUUUGCCUUCGAAGCACAGAUGUGAAGAACCACUCGUUUGAACUGUCAUCUCACUGUUUAAGCCAUUAGCAGAUCUUUGUCAACCACACCAGAUGCCAUAAGUUAACUCUUCACCUGCGCUCCUGUUUUUGCACUCCACAUAAUGACAGCAUUCGUCGAGCAGCCUUUGUGUUCAUCCUUGUUAAAGUAUGGAAAGUAGUCCACACUGGUGUGUUUUAAUAUGUUGUGUUUGUUUAUGUUGGGGAAAAGUCCCUCCCACACUAGAGAUGAGUUACUCACUGCAUAUGCAUCUCACCAGGAAAUCCACUCCACGCACCUCGACUCCUCAGGGUUUUGCCAGUCUCUUAUCUGGAGGAGGAGGGGCGGCUGCAGGCAGGAGGCAAGGUUGUUGGUUUUUCUCUCCAUGAUUAGGAUCUAGUGGACGAGACUUUUUCUUCUGUUUGCAGAAUGUCUCUCACAGCCACAUGCAACCUAACGGACUGCUCGAUAGAUGCCUUAUAACUAUGCACAAACUAUGCUAAGUGACCAAACCAACUCUUAUUCCCAUCAAGUGCAUGGUGUGCUUGUCUCUGAAUGCACUGUCCACUCCCUUUGCCUUUUGUUGUAAUGAACAACUACAGCAUCUUUUUUUUUUUUUUUUUUUACUGAGACAAAAUGGUCAAGUGACUUUGAACAUUCCAUUUCCUUAUUUGGUUUUGUCCUCUUUGAUUCUGUACAGUGGCACAAGUUGUGUUUGUGUUGGAACAUUUUAAAAACAUAACAGGUGCUUUUCUUACUUUAGCUGAUUUGUAUUUUGCUGUAAGUGCUGUAAGACUGUUGAUAAAACUGUUUACAAUUUGUUGCGACAGCCAUUUUUGGGAUGACUUGUAUGUCGAGCCAGAUUUUGUAAAGGCUUUUGCUGUAUUGACCUUUUUGAUACAUGCCUGUUGCAGUUAAAGUUUGAACAAUAAAACCUGUUGUCAAAUG